AACUCAGCCUAAUGUCUGCCUUCCUACAAGUAUAUUGUUGUGGUAAGGGCUUAGUGUAAAGGCUUAGGAUAUUUUUUAGUCUGAUGACUAUUGAGGAAAUAGAAGUGUAUGAAAGAAAGCAAUAAAAUUACUUAGAAAUACUUAAGACAGAAUAAUUUUGCUUACAAGGAGAAGAUUUGAAAACUGAAGUACUUAGUGUCUUUAUAAGUAGGUAUUUGUAUUGAUGUAUUUAGUUGGUUGUGGACUGAUGAGGGUUGGGGUUUUUUAUGAAUUUAUGUGGCUGAGUUAUAACCCAAUUAAUAAUACUUAAAUUUCAUCGUCACAUUUUAUACUCCGGUGCAAUUGGUUAGAGCUAUCCACUUUUAUGGCUUCUACCUCAAAUAGUGACCUGUGAUUAUUGUUGUCUCUCUCUUCCCAUUUGAUUGAAGGAAAAGAUUCUGACAGACUUGUUCUGCUUUUAUCUUCUCCAAGGGCUAUUUGAAGAAAUAAAAUGUUAAAUAUGUUUCAUGAUUGGAACCAUGAAAAGGGGUGAGUAAUACCCCUCUGCAGAUCCUGGUAAAGAUUACUUUUCUGUCCGGACUUUGAUAAUUUGCAGUAAAAUUCUUCAGCAAGAGAAUUCUUUAGCAUGGGCAAAAGUAAUGAGUAAAAUACUUAGUGAUGUAAUACCUUUUCUAGUCUGUUUAGUCAAUGUUGCUGUUUAAUAGCACUUUGAAGCUCAGUUACCUUGCAGAGAAACACUGCUAAAAAAAGCAGUAAUUUUUAAUUCAAUACUGGCCUUUUAAAUUUCUAAUUGUCAUUUUUAAUUCAAAACAAACUUAUUGUGUAGCAUAACAAGUAUUUCUUUGUUCUUCUUGUUCACAAUUUCUGUUAAUGGGAGUGCAGUUUAGGGGAGCCCAGUCAUACUUAGUAAACUGGGGAGACUUUAACAGUGGUAAAUGCUUGGGGGGGUUGCAAAAGUGCCUCAUGUGAUGCCUUCUAUUCUCAGCAUAGGUUAAAAUUAGAACUAGACUGACAUUGCAUUGGAGUCUGAGUGAGAGUUUUAAAUGGCUUUGGUAAUGCAGACAAGGUUCAUAAUUUAUCUCCGCUCUCGUCCAGAAGGCAAUGAGUCACAGAAAAUCCUUGAAAACACCAAAUAAUUGAGUUGUGCCUUGAGCCUGAAAUUCAGUCAGAUUCCUGCAAGCAAAUCUGAACAUGUAAAGGAUCAUGGCUGAAACUGCAGUUUGCCUGGGAACAUUCACUGCUGUGAAGACACUCUGGGAAGUGAGAAUACACAAGAUAAAUGAAGAAUUACAGAGAGAAAAGGAAUUCAGGCAGAGGUCUGCAGGAAGGCUACUGCUUGUGUGGGAGGAGAGAGCUGCUUUAGCAAAGCUCAAAGAAAAAGUUAUUAAUGAAGGUGGAAGAGCAAUUUUAAGGAUAGAGGAAGAAGAAUGGAAGACAUUACCUUCAUGCUUAUUGAAACUAAUCCAUCUCCAGGAAUGGCAGCUUCACAGAACUAGUUUGCAGAAAAUUCCUCAGUUUAUUGGAAGAUUUCAUAGCCUUGUUGUUCUGGAUCUGUCCCGGAACUCAAUUGAAAGUGUACCUAAAGAAAUUGGCCAGCUGACCAGCCUCCAGGAGCUGCUUCUCAGUUACAAUAGAAUAAAAUCUGUUCCUAAGGAGAUAAGUAACUGCAUUAGUCUGGAAAGAUUGGAACUGGCUGUCAACAGAAGUAUCUGUGAUCUUCCUCCUCAGCUCAGUGAUUUGAAGAAGCUGUCACACAUAGAUUUGUGCAUGAAUCAGUUUACUGCCAUUCCUCCAGCUCUCCUCAACAUGCCAAACCUAGAAUGGUUAGAUAUGGGGGGAAACAAACUCCAGGAGCUUCCUGAUACAAUUGACAGAAUGGAAAACCUCCACACUUUAUGGCUCCAAAGGAAUGAAAUAAACUCUUUGCCAGAAGCCAUUGGUAAUAUGAAAAAUCUUAGUACUCUUGUUCUAAGCAACAAUAAACUUAAGGAUAUUCCAGCUUGUAUGAAGAACUUGACAAAUCUGAGAUUUGUCAACUUCAGAGACAACCCACUGGAGCUAGAGGUAACACUCCCUCCAUGUGAGAACACAGAGGAGGAGGAGCAACAGGAAAUGUUUGGCAUUGACUUCAUGCACAUGUAUAUCCAGGAGUCACUCAAGAAAACAGGAAAUGUGGAAAGUUGUACUUCUGAUUCUCCUCCUAUCAUAGAUCCUAGUGAAUAAAGAAUGCAACUGAAUGGAAGAAAAUAUCAAGCUCACUUCUUCACAGCAAAGAAGCCACAACAGGUUUUAAAUAUUCUUAGGGAUUUUAUUUUUUCACUGAUGAGAACUGGUUUGCAUAUUUGUAGUUCCCAGAAACUGGAAAAUAUAAGACCUUUUCUUGGGUACAGGAAAGACGAUAAAAGGGGGUUUUUUUGUAAGAAAUGAAUUAGUUUUU